AUGCAUGACACAUCAGAUCAUGUUCUGUCGGACGGCGCAUCAGCAGGUCUUAACCUUGCGGACCACAGCGCUUGGCCUGCAGAGCGGCAUCCCACGCGAUGGGAUGUCGAUGAAGCCAACCAUGUGCCAACAUCUAUGGUGGUGGACCGCUUUCGAUCCGCACUCCUUCACGCAGAGAGCGAAGAUGUCGUAAAGGACGCAAUGUCCUGGGACCUGAACAGCUAUGUGCUUGAAAGACCAGCUGCAAGUGCACAUCUGCCGUAUACUUAUCCUAUGGUGCUACUGUCCAGCCUGCCAUCACUGCCGAGCGACCAUGAUCUUCUCACCCUGCGGCAAGCCUAUUUCCCAAAGUUCGAGAGACAUGUAUUUGUGCGAGAUCUGGGCUCCGGCAACCUCAUUGCUUCUUCAAAUCCGCCAUAUCUCAGGCUGGCUACUGCGUGCGUAGCAGCGAUCCUAUCCGACUACGCGAACGUUGUCGCCGAAGAAUCUCUUGGUACGAAUCUUUUUGCUGCUGGUGCCAGAGUCUGGACGGUAAUGGUGGAGGUAGAUAACCGUGAGGCACGCAACGUCAAAACCAUUGUCGCCGCGGCAUUACUGUCCACCUAUGGAUCUCUCUCAAUGAACAACGGGAUUAGGAGAAAGACUUCCGAGAUCUUAUGCAACAUUAUAACUAUGUCCAGGCGUCUCCGUCUAAGCGAUGCCACUCCCUCCGCAUAUAGUACUCUGAGCCCUUCGGAAAGGGACAUUGCUGGCAAAGGCUCCCUACUCUGCUACAUAGUGCUAGUCGACAUAGUCCACUCGCUAAGUAACAAUACCGCGCCCAAUUAUUCUGUUCGAGAGCUGGAGCUGCGGAUGCCUUCAUCGAACCACUCCUUCAGCACAGUCUACAGCUCGCUGCUGCACGGCCAUGUCUUACCGGGCGACUUAUCGACUACCGAGGAUGGGCUUCUACUAAUCAUUGCUUUGCUAUCUGAUGUGUACUACGUACAGAAGUGCCAUCCUCGACUACUGGAUCAAUUUGGCACUUCUUCGGUGAUUAACCCGUAUCGUCCGCUCUGCUCAAACUCGGAGCUUGCGCACAUGACUGCGCUGUUUGAUGGCGCUCUGUCUCGGUGGAAGCAACGCUUCUUUGCGGGAGCGAGUCACGACGUGCUCGCACUCUACUACUUCACUCUGCUUCAGCUCCGUUGGCCGGAUGUCCCGGAGCUUCCAACCCUCCUCAAUCGACAUACAGCGAAGCCCACAUCCGAGGCCAUUCCGUCUGAAUGCUUGAGCAUAGCUUGGGCAAUUCACGCAAACGUCGAAAGUGCGUCAGCAAACGACACGCAGAGGUUGUCAAUCUGGCUGCCUUGCAUUUUGUACCUCUCAGCUUUGGUGGUAUGGCGAAGCCACUCACAAGAUCGAAAGGACAUGAGCUUUGGUGGCUUAAGCUCCCUACGGAUGUACGAGUUCACACUAUCGCAAUUGCCAUGGCCGUGUUGCCCAGACAUGGUGAGGGUGCUGGAAACACUACGUCGACAGAGCGGAAACUGA